CGUUGUGCUAAAAAGCACACGUUUUUUUUCUUUUUAUUUCGUUUAAAAUUUGUGAUCAAUUAUAUUAAAUUAUUAAAUAAAAACGAUUUGUUGCAUUUUAUUGCUUUAAAUUUACAAACUUGUGAUAUUAAUUAAGGUUACUUGCACUUGGAAAAACUAGAAAAUACUUAAAAGCUAGUUCCUUCUAUUUAAAUCUUUUUGUGUAACAGUUUCUAAUAAAAAUUGUUGCUUCAUCAUUAUAAUAAAAUCAAGGAUUUUAGUCAGGUGAAACCUUUGGAAAUUUCAUUGUUAUAUCCGCCAAGGAGAAAUCGGUGACAAAAGUUUAUUACAAAGAAAGAUAAAAACAAUUUGUUGUAUGAGUCAAAAAAUAGAACGACCAGUACUAUCAGGUCAGCGCAUCAAGACCAGAAAAAGAGAUGAGAAAGAGAAAUUCGAUCCCACGGGAUUCCGUGACGCGGUCAUUGCUGGUCUCGAUAAAACUGAAGGCGACCUGGAACAAAUUUCUAAAUAUUUAGAUCUUGCUGGCAACAAACUUGACUACCGUCGUUACGGCGAAGUACUUUUUGAUAUUUUAAUUGCUGGUGGUUUACUGGUUCCUGGCGGAUCAAUCUCACAAGAUGGCGAGAAACCUCGAACAAAUUAUUGUAUAUUCGAGGCAUCCGAAGAUAUGGAAGCCAUGCGAAACCAUGAGCAGGUAUUCAUCAAGCUCAUGCGUAGAUAUAAGUACUUGGAGAAGAUGUUCGAGGUGGAAAUGAAGAAAGUCUUGGUUUUCAUUAAAGGCUUUACUCCCAGCGAGCGUAUCAAGUUGGCUCGUAUGACGGCGCUUUGGAUGAUUAACGGGGCAAUACCUCCAACUGUUUUGUUGGUAUUAAAUAACGAGCAUCUUAUUAAGGAUGGCAUCGCACUUGAUUUUCUCGUAGAACUGUUUCUUACAUUCAAACAAGAGAAAGGAAUGACAUAUCUUGUUCAAGCUCUUAAAAAAGGUGGACUAGAAAGCAAGUUAAUGGAAUUUUUCCCACCAAACAAACGUACUGAAGAAUAUUUAAAACAAGUUUUUCUCGAAAAGGAACUUGCUGAAGUUAUUAAAUUACACAAAGCUCAGGCUAGUCAAGAAGCCAAACGGGAACUACAGCAGUCCCUUCUUGAUGAUAUAAAUGAUGAAAAACCACACACAGAAAUUGCAGCUGACAUUAAAGAAUUUGCACUCAAAUCAAACAUUCCCGAACAUGAAAUAAUAAAUAUUAUUUGGUCCACAGUUAUGUCACUCGGCGAAUGGAACAAAAAAGAAGAAUUAGUAACUGAUCAAGCAGUUAGACACUUAAAAGGCUAUUGUCCAUUAUUGAAAGCAUUUGCUUCAACUAAUCGCUCUGAGUUGGCAUUGAUCCUAAAGGUUCAAGAAUUUUGCUAUGAAAAUAUGAACUUUAUGAAAGCGUUCCAAAAAAUUAUAUUAUUGUUCUACAAAACUGAAGUGCUUUCUGAAGAAAUCAUUUUAAAAUGGUACAAAGAAGCACAUUCAUCAAAAGGAAAAAUGCAUUUCCUAGAACAGAUGAAGAAACUUGUUGAAUGGCUGCAAGAUGCCGAAGAAGAAACUGAAUCUGAAGAUGAACAAGCAGAAAAUGCUGAAGAUGGUACAGAAGACAAUGCGAACAAAUAAUUCUCUUGGAUGAAAAAUUUACAAGAAAAAAAAAACUUAAAAAACACAGCAAAGAACAACAUAUACGCGAACAACAAUAACUAAAUACAGCCCUGGAGAAAACUUAAAAAGAAUUCAAACAACAAAGUAUACAAGUAAAACAUAAUAAACUACUCUUUUCCAAGAAAAAUGCAGAGUUGAAAUUGAAUUUUAUACCAACGGAAGGAAUAUAUUUGAAUGCCAAAUAAAAUUAUACAAUGCAACAACAACAAUUCUCAAUAUGUAAUUUUUUGACUGCUCUCUAUACGCAUUCAGAAACACCAACAACCAACAGUUUUUUUUUAAAUCAUACUUGUUAAAACAAAAAAUACAUGUAAUAAAGUCUUAAAGCAACAACAAGAACAUACAAAAAAAAAGAAUAUAAAAAAGAAA